UCGAGCCCCGAACAGUUCGGUGCUUGCCCAUUCUGUCGGCUCUCAGUCGCGUCCCUUCCAAGUACCACGAGACACACGGGGAGUCGGCGGUGGUGUCCGUUUUCUUUUUUUUUAUUUCUCUACUUCAUCAUAAUCAUCUGAGUGGACUGUGUAUGUGUGUGUGUCUUUAGUCCGUAAUGCUCCAAUCGAAGGUAAAACAUACAAAAGGGAAACGUUGAUCGUCACGACAAUCAUUUUUCGCCGUAUCGAUGUGUGAAGGAAGACAAAUUCCUUGUGGUGUAUCGAGUGGAUUUUGAUUGCCCUGCUAAAGAACGUGGUGACAACGUGUUAUGUUUUGUUCUUUCCCCGUUGCUCGUCUCUCUGUGUCGGCCAUUUUUACAUACUUACCGUCGUAACUGGCACGAUGGCAACGUGUUGAGAAGAUUCCCAUUGGUGAAAACGUCACGAAGUUGUACCCACUAAAAAAGAAAAGUCCAAAGAAACUAAACACACACACGCAGUCAGUUAACAAUGUGUGUGUGUGUGUAAAAAGAAAAAAAAGAGGGAAAUUUGAAUCAUUUGGAUGCGUGCGCAAUGCCAUCAUCAAAGAGUGGUCAGGUGUCGGUGCAGUGUGUCAGCAGUGGUGCUGCCUCUCGAUUAAAAUUGUCAUCUGCCAUCGUUGGUCGGUGGUGGUAGCCACGGCUCCUCCCGGCUACAGCAGCAGCAGCAGCAGACUCCAUCCGGCUGUGGUGAAUGGGUCCGGCUCGGCGACGGCGGCGUCGGCGGGAUUAGGAGGCGGUGGCGGCGGAUCGUCUUCGAAACUGCUGCGUAGCUGUCCGUCCUUAUUCAUGUUCAUGUUCCGCUCGAGACGUAACGCCCUCGUCAAGCGGCUGUGGCGUCAGGCUGCUCUCCGGAGAGGAGGAGGAGGUGGGGAGCUGGCGGAUGAUGACAACCCCCCACCAAACGGCGAGACAGGCGAUAAUGCUGCUGCUGCUUGUACUCUCGAGGCCACCGAGGAGCAACAGGUCAAGAGCUGGAUCAAAUCCGCCGCGCACGCCCUCUUCAAACGCUUGACCGACGACCAAUUGGCCCUGCUGCUGGACGCUCUUGACGGCGCAGGCGCCUCGGCGUCGCCAUGCCUCCCGCUAGACACGGACCUCGUCAACAGAGUAUGUCCAGCAGAAGGUGGCCAUCGACUGCUGUGUCGUAUCUUUCGCUGGCCGGAACUGCCCACCGGAGCUGAAUUGAAGCGCGUGAUCAAUUUGUGCAGCGGCGACCAUCAGUCAUCAUCCACGAUAUGCUGCAAUCCCUACCAUUGGAGCCGCCUCUCAGAUGUGGCUCCACCGCCUUACACCCGACUGGGCCUCAAUCAUGAUCGACCAAAUCGUCUAACCAAUAGUUACCCUGUUGAAUCUCUGGAAACAGGCGGAACCAACCAGUACAGCAGUACGGCCAGUAAUCUAGAUGGUUGUGGUGGCGGUGUGGUCCGAUUGCGGCCGUGGUGCACAUUAGCAUACUGGGAACUGCGUCAGCGAGUGGGUCGUUUGUUCCCCGUCACGCAGCCAUCGGUGGCUAUCUUUUCCGACUCGUUGGCGACAUCGACGGCUGCUCCGAUGGUGGUACCGUUGCCGCUUGACCGUCAGUGCAACGCCACUGGCCUCUGUUUAAGUGCACUCACCAGUCAAAGACCACCCGAGACGGACGCCGUCCGCCGCACGCGACAGAAAGUCGGAUUAGGACUGUUGCUGUGCCAAGAGCCAGAUGGCGUAUGGAUGUACAACCGGUCGGAGAACCCAGUAUUCGUCAACUCUCCGACGCUCGAUCCGCCCGGAACCGGUCCGGCCGGCGCCCCACGUACUCUACUCGUUUACAAAGUGCCGCCAAGUUUUGCCAUCCGCGUCUUCGACCACGAACGAUCCUUGUUAUACCAGCAGCAACAACAGUGCAACAACGUGUCUGAAUCUCUGGCCGCAGACGGCCCGCCUUGCUAUCGCUUGGAUAAUAAUUCAACAGACGCGUCAGGGAAAAACGAGUCUCGCCUAUCGCCCUGUUUCGUCUAUAAAGAAGAAUACACUGACGGACCAUUCGAUCCCAACGCUUUGCGAAUCAGUUUCGCCAAAGGAUGGGGCCCUAAAUAUUCUCGACAGUUCAUCACCUCUUGUCCCUGCUGGAUCGAAGUCCUCUUGGCGCCGUCCAGAUGAUUAUUGUCUCUCUUUGUUUUGCUCUCCUUUGACACCAGUGCAAAAAAAAAAAAAAAUUAAAUAGAAUCAUCCCUCCAUGAACACGCCCGAUAAACACAUAUACACGAAAAAACACCAUGGUUCUAACUCAGGUUACGCCAAACAUAUGUUUCAAUUAUUAUUUCAAUAUUUUCAUCAUUUUUCUUGUAUUGUUUGUCUUUUCCUUACUCUAUCUCUCAAGAUAUGGAAUGAUACCUUGAUUACCUCGUUCGCUUGGAACAAAUGAUGAAAAGCUAGCACAGAUGGACACUUCUUUAUAUAAAUCGUUUAUGGAAUCGUCAAAAAUUCUUUUUGUUUGAAUCUCACCGGUUGAUGGUGGAGGAUUCCUGCAUCAUGUGUCAAUAAUUUUCUGUUGUGGUUCGUUUCUUGUGAUUUCUUCAGUGAGAAGAAUGCCAAGACGCACACGCUUUCUCUUUGUACACAUUUAUCUGUUUUCUUUUUCGUUCGUGAUUGUUUCUUUUGGUUGCUAUCUAUUUGUACAUUUUGCGCAUUUCCUUACAAAAUAUUGCACACAACUCAAAAAUGUUACUUGUGGCGGCUAUUUGGCAUCUUUUUUUUUUGUCUCUUUGUACAGUGCCGAGUGUCUUUAGUCUCUUUCGUUGAAAAAUUAUGACUCCGUGCUCUUCUAUCACA